AUGUCAACUAAAGGAUCAUCUAAAGGGUCUGAAAAUUCGAGAAUGAAUGCUUCAGGUAGUAGAACUGACCCGGGUUGGGAGCAUGGAUAUGAUGUUGUUGGUAAUUCAAGAAAGGUGAAAUGCAAGUAUUGUGAUAAGAUUGUAAAUGGUGGUAUUUUUCGUUUCAAGCAUCAUUUAGCUUGCACUCGAAGGGAUGCUGAGGCAUGUAUUAGUGUUCCUGAUGAUGUGAAGAAGAAGAUGUUGUCUCUUGUAUGCAAAAUUGCUCAAGCAUCCGAAACAAAGAAAAGGAUUAUUUGUUCUAAUGAGGAUUCAUCAGACAGUGGUGAAGAGGACCAAGAGGUACAAGCAAGUAAAAAGAGAAAGGGAAAAGCAACAAUGGAAGAAUUUAUCAAAGUUAAAAAAGGUAGUUCUCAAGCCACAAUUAAUCAAUUCAUGAAGAAGGACAUAAGAGAAGAAGCCUGCCAACAAAUUGCCAGGUUCUUUUACACAUCUGCCAUUCCCUUUAAUUGUGCUAAAAAUCCUGAAUUUACAAAGAUGUUUGAGAUAGUUGGAAAAUAUGGUUGUGGGUUUAAACCUCCAUCUUAUCAUGAGUUGAGGGAGACAUUCUUGAAAAAAGAAGUAGAUAGAACAAUGACUUUACUUGAAGAGCAUCGAUUUGUGUGGAAAAAAAAAGGAUGUUCUAUUAUGUCUGAUGGAUGGACUGACAAGAAAAGACGAUCUAUAUGUAAUUUCUUAGUGAAUAGUGAGAAGGGGACGAUCUUUUUGCAAUCCACUGACACAUCUGAUAUCUCAAAGACAGCAGAUAAGGUUUUUGAAAUGUUAAAUGAAAUUGUGGAUAAAGUUGGUGAACAAAAUGUUGUGCAAGUAAUCAUCGAUAAUGCAGCAAAUUAUAAAGCAGCAGGAGAGAUGUUGAUGUGUAAGAGAAAAUGCAUUUUUUGGACACCAUGUGCAGCUCAUUGCAUUGAUUUGAUGCUUGAAGACUUUGAGAAAAAAGUAAAAAUCCACGAAGUCACAAUUUCAAAGGCAAGAAGAAUUUGA